AGAAAGUGAAAGAUUUCAGUGUGCACUUUUCCUAGAGGGAACGAAUGUGCUGCCUAACCAUAGAUGAAAGUGAAGGGGAAGCUAGGAGGAAUCAUUAGGAAACUUCCCGUAUUGAUUAAAAUAUUCAACUUUGUUGUUGGAUUCGCACCUCCCAGUGAUAUUUGGAUUAAUUUACUUGGGAACUGGUCAAGCAAGUUUCUAGGUUUCACUAAAUUGACCGAAGAAUCAAAGCACCAUCGGCAACCUCAAGACACCAGAUUGCUUAAAAUGUUCAACGUUGUUUAGUAUUCACACCUUAAAAUAUUCAACUGCGUUACGAUUCACACCUUCGGAUUCAUACCUUCAUCUCCCACUGAUAUUUGGAUAAAUUUUCUUGGGAACUGAUCAAGCAAGAUUCUUAGUUUGAUUAAACUGACCAAAGAAUAAAAAAGCACCAUCGGCAACCUCAAGAUACCAAAUAGGCAGCAUAUGGAUCACGAAAAGUUGAAACAUGUUGCUCAAGCAGGCGAUAUCGACAUGCUUUACAAUUUAAUCCAAGAGGAUCCGUAUUUCCUGGAUAACAUAGAUGCUUCACCAUUUAUUGAUACUCCUUUGCAUAUAGCAGCUUCUUGUGGAAAAGUUGAAUUUGCAAUGGAGAUUAUUAGUUUGAAGCCAUCAUUUGUUCGAAAACUUAAUCAUCAUGGUUUCACUCCUAUGCAUCUUGCUUUGUUUAACCGCAAAACCGAUAUGAUUCUUCGAUUUCUUGACCAUGAAACUGAUCUUGUUCGUGUUCGAGGAAGGGAAGGUAAAACUGUUUUGCAUUUUGUAGCUGAAAAUGGUGAAGAUCAUGUUCAUCAAAAAGAGAAACUCUCCCUCUUGGCUAAAUUUUUAUCAGCUUGUCCAUCGAGCAUCCGAGAUGUCACAAAUCGAAGUGAGACAGCUUUGCAUAUUGCUGUGAAGAAUCACAAUCUCCGUGCUCUCAAAUUGUUACUAAAAGGAUUGCAGAGAUCUUUUAACAUCCAUGAUAUCAGAAAUACUAUGGAGUUGAAGGAUGGGGAAGGAAACAAUGUUCUACACAUCGCCACCGCUGCUAAACAACCCAGGGUAGUUAAGUUGUUACUCGAGAGCAAAAUUGAUGUAAAUGCCAGGAAUUCGAAAGGUUUGACUGCUCUUGACAUCUCAGAUCCACACAACAGAGAGGUUAGAGAAAGUCUGCUCCAUAGCAGAGCUUUAAGCUCUGAAUCACUUCCACAAGUUGCCAAAAACGAUGACAAUUUGAGAUCCAACAUCUCAUUUAAAGAACAUGUCAUAAUAUUUUGUAGAAGUUUUAGGAAAGAUGCAAUUAGCAGCAAUCUGUUACUGAUGGUGGUCGCAGCAAUACUGAUUUCAGCAGCUAACAAUUAUCUGGCUGCAGUAACCUCCAUGGGAGGAACUUGGCAGGACAAUAACAAGGGCCUGAGAUACGGCUUCCUCGUUUACAAUAUGGCUAACUUUUUAAGGCUUUAUCCUAUGAUUCUGUUGAUUUUUCUUCUAGCCUCGGUCUGAACAUGAGUUAGUUGCUUGGAUGGACACUAGAUGUUUCUGUCAUCUAUUAAUGAAAUUGUAAAUUUGAUUAGCAUAUUAGAAA